AUGCAGAUUCUCGGUAUCCCCAACUAUGUAAUGUUUUUCCUUCUUUCUUUGCUGCCAAUCGCUCUGGCUGUGGACUCUCAGUCCCUUGAAGGAAAAUACUCAUGUGUGGGCACGUUCAUCUUUGGUCGCCACAAUGAUAGAGUCGCCAAACCGGCAAACUACCUCACCACUCUGGGAGCCGUUGAACAAGUCGAUUCGGGUGGCUUUUUCCGGGAGAGAUACUUUGGUUUGGACAAAGACGGGAACUCUGUGAAUUCGGAUUUCGUCAUUAACGGGCUAGACCCGCAGGGCUACUUUGUCUACGGAGACACUUACGCUCAAUGUCCGGCUUCGACAGUCAUCGAGUAUUCCCAAAUGUCUUUCCUGCAGGGUUUGUACCCUCCUUCCACUGCCGUCGACAAAAACGAGACUCUUGCCGAAACCCAGGACUCUCGAUUGAGCAAUGGAACCUCUGUUGAGGCUCCUUUGGGCGGAUACCAGUACGUCUUUAUGGACGUGCAGUCAGAAACGUCUGACGACUAUUUCUGGAUUAAGGGAGACGAAAACUGUCCUUCUUCGGACGCUGCCAUUGACGCUUGGUACGAAACUGAUGCGUUUAAGGAGCUCAACUCGUCCACUUUUGAUUUCUACCAGUCGCUGGCUGGCGUUCUUCCGUCGUCCAAAUUCCCUAAGUGGAAACUCAAUUUUGGUAACGCGAUGAACAUUAACGAUUUCGUUUUUGUCGAAAGCAUCCACGACGAUGACUGGGCCACCAAGUGGAACUCCUCCCUUCGUUUCCAAAUUGCCACUCUUGCAGAUGCUGCGCAAUGGGGAAUUUCGUACGAUGCUUCCAACAAGAUGAAUAAUUUUACUAUUGGUGGACAAUCGCUUCUGGGAGCGUCUCUCGUGUAUUUGAAUGUCACCAAGGAGAAAGGCUCUCCUUACAUCAAUUACUUCACCGGCUCCUACAACACGAUGUACCAGGUCUUCGGUCUUUUGGAGCUGAACCAGGUCUCUGAUAAUUUCACUGGUAUGCCUGGCUACGGAGCUACUCUGGUCUGGGACCUGCUGAAAGACACCUCGGACAACUACUUUGUGCAAUUCUCCUUCAAGAAUGGCACCGAUGCUGAGGACGCGCUUGUUGCCUACCCGCUUUUCGGACUGAACUCGACUCUGCUCUCCUGGGACGACUUUGUUGAAAAAACGGAAGCAGUUUCUAUUACCCAUCUCGAGGACUGGUGCGAAAAAUGCUCAAGCACGUCCUCGCAGUGCACCAGAUACUCCUCUACGUACGAACAGGCUUCUGAGGCAGAGGAAAAGGGUAUUGACAUGGAAAAGGUUGCCGACGGCUCCUACCACCUUAAUAAGCUGACCAACGUUGGAGCAGGUGGAAUUGGAGCAGGAGUCACCAUCGGGGUCUUCCUGAUUUUGGGAGCUUUGGUCCUUGCUUGGAAAAAAUUGAGAAGCAAAAAGAGUCCAUUGCUUCCUGUUGCCAGGACUGUCUCCAGAGACACCAAGGCAGAGACGUCUUCAGCUUCCGACGCCAGCACGUAG